GCUCCUGUUGAGUUCCAGUGGUUCCAGAGACAAAAAAAAUGGAUAGAAAACCGGACACAGACAACCUGGAAAUGCGCCUCCAGGCGCUGGAGAGUCGUCUGUACGGCGAGAGAAGAAACAAAAGUGGAAAACCCGUCAAGUGUGCAGAGUCUUUGUCCAGGAUACAGGCAGGUCUGACAAACACGGCCAACAAAAGAGAGCGAGUGAAGAUCCUGCACAAGAAGAUUGAGGACCUUCUGAAGUACCUGGACCCCCAGUUCACCGACCACAUCACUGUACCUGACGCUAUGAAGCUGGAGUUCAUCCUCGCUGAAGAGGACUUCCUGCUCUCCCAGGCUGCUUUGCUGGAGCAGGUCAGCAGCCUCCAGCCGCUGCUGGACAGCACCUACAUUAGAGAUGUACCAGAACACGCCACCAAGUUGCAGCGCCUGUCACAGAUUCACAUCAAAGAGCAGGACCAAAUCGAGGUUCAGUCCCAGGAAGUGAAGAAGCUUUUUGAGGAAUACAACAAAAUGAUGUUCCUGCUGUCCAAGCAGUUCACCCAAUGGGACGAGACUCUGAGGAACAUGGAGGAGGCCAAGGGCAUCCGGCCUGUGGAGUAGUUACGGGGCCAACGCACACUCCUGACGAGGACGUGGCAAUGAAGAAGACUGCGCCGUGGUGGGAGCUUUAGACCAAACCAAUGUUCAAAAUGUAGCUUUUCUCCUUCACAAUAGGUCAGAACAGAAUGAGACAAAAGGAAUCAAACAUGUCACUGUUUUGUUUUUAACUGCUAAUCACUUUGUGACCAGAACUUUAUUGAAUCUGAUGACAUCCCCAUCCCGAUGUGUCUCUCAACUGAAGGUGGUGGUGCCCGAAAUCUAUCACUAGUCCUGUAACCACUCUUCCAAACCCCGUCGUACAGUGAAGCUGGAACGUAAUAUAAAUUGCGAAGGAACUUGGUGUCAUGCGAGUCUCCAGCCACCUCAAGAAUCUCGCUCCCAUCACGUGGCGUGUGGCUCAGACAGCUCAGCAAUGCUGCUGUUAUUUAUUUUCAGACAAAAGAGCUUUUCUAUGCCUGUGUAUUGACUUGACUUGUAAUUCAUUCCAACUGUUCUUCUCUACUGUAAGCAGGUCAGACUUACACAAAAACAAGAAGUAGCUUCAUUAUUCGCACCAGGGCACUUCUUAUAGAUAUUAUAAACCUAACGUACGUGUCACGUGUCAUAUAGUUGAUAAAAAAUAAAGCUCAUUACGUGUUUCUUGGAGUGUU